UCAACUCUCUUUUUAAUAUUCAUACAGUAUAUAUACACACAUCCAUCUCUCCUUUCUUUUCUUAUACGGCUCCAUAUUUUUUCUUCUGUUUCAUCUCAUCAACUCGAAUUUCUCUUUUGUUCAUGGCUUCUGCCUUCAACAGAGCGUCAGUAACCAUUACUGAUGCCGCCUCUUGGUACUGUGCCAUUGUGUUGUUGGCUUUAAUAUUACUGGGCUCAAUUAGGGAGAACAAUUCUCUCUCAGAUGAGUCUCAAGUGAGAGGCAACCAGUUUUUUGACAGACCGUGUGAUGAAAUCUACGUGGUGGGUGAAGGCGAGACGCUCCAUACCAUCAGCGACAAGUGUGGCGACCCGUAUAUAGUUGAGCGUAACCCGCAUAUCCAUGACCCGGAUGAUGUCUUUCCAGGUCUUGUCAUCAAAAUUACUCCUUCAAAACCGAGAAAGUUGAGUUAGCUGGUUGAGGAGAAAGCAAAGCUCGGUUAAUCUUCUUUCCAGCUUGUAUCGUAUAUAUUCUUAUACGAGUAUAUGAUUCCUGAUAGAAUUAAUACUUUUUUUUAUGUUUUGCUUUUUUAUCAUCCUUUCUUGUAGUUUUGUUCUGCGAAUUUGUCUGUGUAAUAGGAGAAGAAUUAAUACAGGGAUGUAAAAGCUGGUCUAGGGAGAGGUUUAGUUUUGAUUCGGCUUGGUAUCACAGAGAGAAUAAAAUUUCUCAAUAAAAGUCUUUGUAUAUAUUUCUACAUAAUUAAGUCUUUGUAUAUAUUUCUACAUAAUUAAUCAAUCUUCUUCAGUUCUUAAACAA